UUAAAAGUAGAAUUGUGUUUACCCGUAAACGUGGGUUUUUUUACUAGUCUUUUAUUUGUUAGACAUAAUUUAUAUGCAACAGCAUAGUUUUUAAUUGAAUGGAGAAUGACGAAAGAGAUCCAAUCAAGAUAUCAGUCUGAUAUCGUAAGUGCUCUUUCAAAACGUUUGAUGAACGAUGUGGUCGAAGAAAUCUUUAACUACUUGGAUUAUGAAAGUCUAAAGAAUUCUGAAGCAGUAUCUUCGCUCUGGUAUAACAAUAUACUCUACGGGAAAACAUGGAAAAAACUGCUGGAAAGAAAUUUAAAGCUGUCAGAAGAAUGGAAAGAGAUGCUAGAGGUCCUUACAAUGAAAUGGUCUCUGGAUUCCAAUGUGCCAAAAGAUUACAUGCAUUGCCGCGCUCUUUGUCAACAAGUAGGAAAUUCCGUCUCGAAACUACGACAAAAUUGGCUGAAAGGUCAGCAUUCCAAAUACGAGUUUCCAAAUUUCAGUCAGCCUGAAAUCGAAAGCAUUUUUUGGAUUCGUGGAAGCCUCAACUUUGAAAUGAAUAAACAUUGGAUUGGCAGGGGACAACGCGAUGGUAGCAUCAUAAUUUGGAAUCGAUGGACCUGGGAAACUAAAGCUUUAUUCGAGCCAUUGCUGCUGACCAAUCGCCUUCUUGGAUGCAACACUGUUCGCUGUUUACAAUUUAAUGAUCAUGUCGUCGUUGCGUCAUAUUUUGGCGGAUCUAUCUGUAUAUGGGACACACACACCACUGAACUGCUCCAUGUACUCGACGAGAUGGAUCUAGCCAAUUACGAUUCCCACUAUAUUCCUAUAAAUGGCUUGAGUCUCGGCGGUUCACCUGGAAAUUAUUGGUUACUUUCUUGUUUAUCAUCGCCAACAGAACAAGAUUUUGUCACUCUUCGACUGAUCACGAAUCCUUCAGACGAAAUCCCAAUAGUCCAUCGUAUCGUAUUAGAUCAAAAAUUGCGAGUUCUUCGUCUGUUGGUUAACGAAAGAAACGUACUGCUCCUUUUGAGCGACACGGAGACCAAAAAUGAUCAGAUUCAAAUAAGAGCCACUUCAUCUAUGGAAAUCCUCAAAACCAUCCAAAUUCCAUAUUCAGAAAUGGGCGUGUUUGAUUGCAGAAACGGACUCAUUCUCUCUGGUUCACGCUACGAAAUCCAACUUUGGGACUUGGAAACUGGAACUUGCCUGCGAAGUGUUAGCAGCAGUAAUUCAAUCGUCUUUGUGAAGAUCAUCUCGGACAAGUAUUGGGUGAGUUGCAACUCAUCCGGUAAAGUGGAAGUUUGGAACUUGAGAGCAGCCCUCGAUCCCACCCACAUGGAUUCGUUGUUGCUCUACCGAUUAACUGCCACCGAUUUGAAUUUCCCGCUCAUCUGUCCGGUCGUUCGUGCGGAUGAAUAUCAGAUUGCCUUGAUCCCUUGUCGAGCCAAGGAUUAUUCCGGAUUGCACAUUUUAGAUUUUCUCCAAUUGGAUCAUAAGGAUGUCGACGACACAGGUUUUAUUAGUGAUCAAUGACAAAGGCUACUUUUUACCUUACAAGUGAUACGUUACCUGAUUCCUCUGACUGCAUUUUUUGUUAUCUAUUACAAUUGUGAUUUUUAACGUCCCACGACUGAUUGUAAACAUGCUUUUAUUGCAAAAUUACAAUUUUACUAAUGUAAAA